AUCCCUAAUUAAUAUACAAUCACAGCUUUGCUAUUAGCUAAUGUUUUGACAAAGUAUAUCUAUUCAUGCACAAUCCUGACAUCUGUGUGUUGUUGAUCUCUCUGCACAUGCUGGUGUCCGUAAGAGUUUUUCUCGAGAGCGGAAUGGUGUGGAAUAUUCAUCCAGAUUCUGAAACGGUGUGUUUUGUAUUAUUUUUGUAUUAGUCAUUCAAAGUGUAAUCUCUUAGAUAGUUAAGUCUGAUGCUUGUCUGCGAUAUACAUUUUCCAGAAUGUAACGUUGCAUCCUCAUCUUUUAUAUUUUUUAGUCAUUGCUUUAAGAUCGAUUUGUUUUCUGAGACGGAUACGAUGUUAAUAGAAUUUCGAUUAAUUUGCUGCAUAAAAAUGGAAAAUUCUCAAAUACAUUAUAUUGUGUACCGUUUUCUCAACUGUGCUUUUUACGUGUGGUGGCGGCUGGAUACUGAUUAUCGUAAAACUCGUUUUAUGGUUUGAAAUACAAGUAAGACAUGCAGGAGGUACAUGUCUAAAGUGCUUGGAAAAUUGUUUUAAUAAAGAGCUACCAAAGUCUUGAUGGAAAAGUGUAGGUGCAAGGUUUUUUUAUCUUUAACUACCUCUGUCACUUUCUGUUUCUACCUCUGAUUGCUCUGUGCUUCAGUUGAAAAAUAUCACAAUAUAUUGAAACCUCCUGUAUAGCUUCUCAAUAUGUUCAACGGUUACCGCCUGUUACCAAUACAGUGAGGGUUGGCUGGCCUGGGUUCAGAUCUCGUCUCGAGCAAGCUGGUGUUUUUUUUUCCUACAUGUGGUAUCUGUUUGCAGGGCUGACGGCCUUGCCGUGAUGCACCCAUAGCUGCUCGCUUAAUGUAAAACACCAAUCCUUUCCGUUUCUCAAUAGAUUUUAGUAAGGCAACAAAGGUCAUGCAUCUUUACUUGUGUCUUUUUUCUACAAGUUCUGGGUAUUGAACUUGACAGGGAAAUAAAAUUAUCGAUCAGAAAUCUAUUUAACACAGAGUCGGAUUUUUCUAAUAUCUGUUAAAAGAAUGUUUAAAUUUUAAAAUUUUGUUUGUAUAACCUUUGAACCAUUGUCCAUUUAAAAUGCCCUAGUUAUUGACGCCACGAGGACAUUCACUGCGGUGCAACCCUGGUCUUGUCACUGAGUCUCGCACACAGAGAGAUGACAAGACCAUGUUUAGUGCACAAUAUCCCGGAUACGCCUGCGCCGACCAAUGAAAAUGAGUUUUUACAAGUGAUACCAGUUUAAAAAGGAAAGAAGGGGAGCAGAACAUCGCAAAAAGGGUGUCCUUGACUUCAGUAACUCUACGGAGCCUAAGAGGUGCUGUUCAGCUCCAACAUCAGGAUUUAUAAACCAAGGAUCGGAUGAGGGCGUGAAGAAAGUUUUAAAAGACUUAGAAGGGAAGACAAGGAGUCAUGGGGAGGCUACUAACUGUGUCUGUCUGUGUGGUGACGAUGCUGCUUCUAACAGUCUGGAAAACAGAACAGGUCUCUGUUGGGCCAAACGUAGUACAGCUUGUAGGAGGGACAUCAGACAAGGAGGGUCUGGUGCAAGUGGUGUAUGGCAGCCAGGUGGGUACAGUGUGUGUACCCGACACCUACAACCGUAAUAAUACCGCCAGGGUGGUCUGCAGACAGCUCGGCUACGUUCUCGGCGAAUAUGGAAAAUUUCCAAGAGGUGCAGGGACUGUGUCCAUUUUAGACGUAAAGUGUGAUGGGUACGAGAGAAGUGUUUUCAUGUGCCGUAGUGGGAGGUUGUUUGUCCCUCCGUCAGACAGAUGUGCCAACCACGACUUCGACCUCGGUGUGCGCUGUUCAGACGGGAUGCGUCUGUUAUAUACGAUCCACAACACCAACAACUCCAUCACUGGAGUGGUGCAGAUUAACCGGGGAUCAGGCUGGAUUAACAUCUGCAAUGAUUUCUUUGACGACUUGGACGCUCAAGUCGUCUGCCUGAGCCAAGGUUACUCGUACUCACGUGUCCUGCCCAAGGGCUCGAUGGCUUACCUGUCCGGAAACAACCUUAUCACAGCCCUGAACUGCAAUGGCACAGAGGCCUCCCUCUUAGACUGCCCUGAACAACAGAACAUCUACUGCCCGUGGGGAAACAGUGAAAGAUAUGCUACAGUCUUUUGUAGUCAAACUCCAUCGGAGCGAGGCCUACAAGCCGCCCCAACGUCAGUGGGUGGACCUGUUGUUGUCAUGGCGGACGGAGUCAAGUCUUAUGUCUGUCGUGACAACUGGGACGACGCCGCUGCCUCUGUGUACUGCAAGGACCUGGGCUACAACAACGGCGUGGCCAUCUACCAGACUGAAGUGUCCAUCUCCCGGGAUGUCGCCGCCUACCUCGUCAACAGCAUCCAUUGCACUGGCAACGAGAACUCCCUGAGUGAAUGUUCCUUCUCCUCCAACUGGUCCACUUGUGUCACGGGCUACAGCAGUGCUGCCCAGGCUCUGUGCUACAACUAUGCAAGUGGCCGAGAGCUCCGGUUGACUGGAGGUACCACCAGUAAUGUAGGGCAAGUGGAGGUCGGUUUCAACGGUGUGUGGGGCACAGUCUGUGACAACGUCUUCACCAACUAUGACGCCACGGCAGUGUGCCUCACUCUGGGCUAUUUUGGCGGUCUUACUUUGGACAGCAGCGGCAGCGUCCAGAACUCGACAGGUCCUUUCUACCUGUAUGGCCUCAGUUGCAGAGGUUCAGAGAACAGUCUAUGGCAAUGUCCUAUUAGAAACUUCAACGUCAGCUACAGCUUCUGCUCGUCCCCAUCCUACAUCCCAAGAGUGAGGUGCACGGGUCAAGUGAAACUAGUUGAAAAUGAGGGCUACGGGGCUGUACAGGUGCCCAUCAACACCACGUCCAGGACAUACGGUCUGGUCUGCGAUGACAACUUCACGGACCGCGAGGCCAGUGUGGUCUGCCGUGACCUCGGCUACCCGUACGGCAUCCACCUGUGCUGCUCGGUGUUCGGGUAUAAGUCCCUGCCUAUCGUCCGGUCCGGUGUCAGGUGUACAGGUAGCGAGGCUCUGUUCAACGACUGUUAUUACGACACAAGGACAUACUGCCUGUCUGGAAAAUAUGCCUCCAUUGUGUGCUCCAACAUUCCACCAGGCAGUGGUUACACAGUCCAGAUAGACACCGUGUCAAGAGGAUCAUAUGGACGGGUCAAAGUGCAGCACAUGGGCUACUGGGGCUUCGUGUGUCCAUCCGGCUUCGACCACAACGACGCCAACGUCAUCUGUAGAGAGGUCGGCUACACCGGGGGUUGGGCUGUGGUGGACAAGUCCUACGACAGCUCCUCGCUCCGCUGGCUGUCCAACAUUGACUGCGACGGCAGCGAGUCUCACCUCAGUCUGUGCCGGAACCUCGUCUUUGGAAACGUCAGCAACUGCGGCAAAACCGGAAUCGCCGCCGCCUACUGCAACAGAGAGGCUGACACCCAGUUCCGUCUGGUUAACGGCACACAGACGACGGGUCGACUGGAGGUGUCGAUGGACUAUGGCAACAGCGGUUUAAUAUGCAGCGAGGGUUGGACCGACGUGGAGGCCGCCGUGGCUUGCAAGAGUAUGGGGUUCAGAUCUGGACGGUUCCUUGGCGCAGGCAUCUACGGGAAGGGUCCAAGUUACUUGCUGCUAAAUCACGUAGACUGCACCCGAGCGACAUCCUCUCAAUCCCUAUUGGACUGCGAUCUGUCACUCAGCAGUCCCGGCUACCGGUAUACAAGCUGCUCGUACUCCAGUUAUGGUCCUGCAGUUCAGUGUUUUAAUGAUUCAGUCCGAUUAACGGGGACAAGACAAGAGAAUUACGGGCGAGUGGAAGUCUAUACCAAUGACACCUGGACAGCCGUGUGUGACCAGGGCUUUGACCAGACGGCGGCACAGGUGGCCUGCAGGGCCCUGGGACUCUUGUACGCGCGCCCUCAGUGUUGUUCUGCGCUUGGACCGCUGGGUACGGGCCCAGUCGAUGCCAGACAAAUCGGCUUUAAGGUGAACAGAUGCCGGGGUGAUGAGGCUACACUAGCAGACUGCGAUGUCAGCACAUCAGUUGUCUGCCCUUCUGGAAAAUACGCCAGCGUCCUGUGUUCUAAUACUUCACUCCAAGAACAGACACUGACAGUGCGACUUGCUGGACCAGGAGGCUACUACGGCAUGGUGGAGGUCAACCGUUAUGGACUGUGGGGCCCGGUGUGUAACAACAGCUGGGACGAUCGUGACGCUAACGCCACCUGCCGGGGUCUUGGGUACAGUCACGGGGUCACAUUCUACGGUAGUAACGUCUCAGAAACCCCUAUUCUCGUGGGAGACUUCCAGUGCUCAGGGCAGGAGUCAUCGCUGGGAGGGUGCUCCUUUAAGGACAGCAUUGGCUGCUCGAAGAGACAGGUGGCUGCCGGGGUCCUUUGCUCCCGUACAUCGGACAUCAAGCUGCGGCUCACUGAUGGCGGACGCAACUAUGGUCGCCUGGAGGUCAUGUAUGAGGGUCAGUGGGGUCGUGUUAUUAGCAGUGGCUACUUCUCGGACACAAAUGCUGAAGUUGCCUGCAGACAUCUUGGAUUCAUGGGUGGGCAGACCGCUCCCGAGUACAUGCGAAGAGGUCAUGUUAUGGGCCGGAUAUUGAUGAGCGGCAUCUACUGCAAAGGUUAUGAGCAAAGUCUGUUUGAGUGUUCGAAUAGUUGGAAUUCCAGUUCUGGAAGAGGAUGGGAUGUAUAUGUUUUCUGCUACAACACGACACGUUUAUCUUCCGGAAAUUCUGUGUCUUCGGGAGUGGUGCAGAUCUACUACAACAAACACUGGGGGGCCAUUUGUGAUGGUGGAUGGAGUGAGGAGGACACCGCUGUCGCAUGCAGAGAUCUCGGGUACGACAACGGCUAUUACCUGUGCUGCAGCCCUUUUGGGAAAUAUUCCACCCCUAUUGCCGAAAACUUCCAGUGUACGGGAAGAGAGCAGACAUUGACUAACUGCAGUCACAGCCCUCCUGAAAGUCUUAAUUACUGCACGAGAGACGUUGUUUCAGUAGCUUGCUACAAGGGACCUGCUCCUACAGGGUACACGUUUUCAUUGGACGGUGGAAGCACUUACAACUCGGGCGAGGUGCAAGUCACUUUCAUGGGCAUCACGGGCCGCAUCUGCAGCGACAACUGGGACGACACCGACGCCAGGGUGUACUGCAGGGAGCUGGGCUUCCUGGCGGGUCAGGCUUUUAAGCAUCAUGUCUCAACACAUCUAUUUUGGAUGACUGAUGUACAGUGUACCGGCUCGGAGCGCUUCCUGAGAGACUGCCCCAAGACCCUGGCUGCCGUGUCGCAGUGUUCAACCAAGCUUUCCGCUGGAGUCACUUGUUCAGACAUAGAAGGUAUUAACUACCGUUUGGCUGGCAGCAACUCCUCAUACAAAGGACGCGUGGAGGUACAGAUCAAUGGUACCUGGGGUUCUGUGUGUGGCUACGACAACGGCUAUUAUGAAUACUUGGCCAAAGUCGUCUGUAGGAUGUACGGUUUUACGGAAGGAUCUAUAGGUUACUUGGAGAGUUACCCAGACCCUCCCAACAAGAGGUAUCAGAACACCUUCACAUGCAAAGGAGACGAAGCUGUGCUGGACGACUGCCCGCACUCAGGCUGGAGGAUUGGAGACAACUACUGCACGCCCGCUGGUGUUAACGCCGUCUGUUAUGGUGAUGUGCGCAUCGGAACAAGAAAUUUUAGAAACGCUCGCCAGGGUCCGGUUCAGUUCUACAGAAACGGCACGUGGUACAACCUGUGUGACACGGGCUUCGAUGACAUCACAGCAAGACGAGUCUGCCAAGACAUGGAGUACGUUGAUGGUAGAGCCGUCUGCUGUUCAGCUUACGGAACGGCUUUAGACAUAAUGACACGGUACGAGACCAAUCUGGACUACACUAUGAGGUGCCAAGGAACAGAAAGCGACUCAACUGACUGUCUCAGACCAGGAGGCUGUUUGUCGGGAAACUACGCGUCCGUUGUUUGCUUCAACAGCACAGAUGUCGUUGAUGAAGGCUACAGGUUCGACUUCCAGGACAACACAAAGACUGGCGGGCAGGUGGUGGUGACACACCUGGGCGUGGCGGGACGAAUCUGCAACACCUUCUGGGACGACGCAGACGCACGCGUGCUGUGCAGGUCACGUGGUCAUCAGGACGGCGCCGCUUACCAGUACUUGCAGGACAUCGACGAAGUCUACCGCCUGUUCAGCGAGCGGGGUCCCUACUGGAUCAGUGACGUCAACUGCACGGGGAGUGAGGCGUCGCUCGGGGAUUGUCCCUUCAACGACCGGCUCCAUCUGGGCAACUGCAGCAUGGCGGACCUGGCCGGCGCUGUCUGCUUCAACGACACCGGGAUACAGUAUCGCCUUGUGGGUGGCGAUCGUCAGGGUGCAGGUCGAGUGGAAAUAUCUGUGGGUGGACUCUGGGGUACCGUGUGCGGCACCGACUGGGAUGACAAGGACGCCAGCGUCCUGUGCCGCACCCUGAACUACACGGACGGGUACGCAGUGGGCGAUGCUUACUACGGUCAAGGCGCUGGUCCCAUCUGGCUGAGCAUUGUUCAGUGCAAGGGGUCAGAAAGAUCACUGGCCAAGUGUCCACAUUCAGGCUUCAAUGAUGAGUUCGUCUUCUGGAGAUGUAGGAGUCAUACUAACGUCGCUUCUGUCAUCUGCAUAGACAAGAUCAAACUUAACCUUGGUUUCAACGCUUCUAUGGGGGCCGUCAUGGUCUAUCUGGGAGACGCCUGGACCCUGAUCUGCGAUGAAGACUUUAAUGCCAACAGCGCUGUCACUGCCUGCAGAUCUCUCGGAUUCCCGCACGGACUGCACGUGCGAGGGGGCGUCUUCGGCCGAGUGGACGCGCCGAUCGGCAUCACACACGUGCGGUGCACAGGCCGCGAACUGAGCCUUCUGGACUGUACUUACAAUGUCACGACCUCGUGCAGUUCAAUGUCAUACGCCUCCGUCGUCUGUAGCCGUGAACCUUUCGUAGAGACUGGUGCAAAAGUUCGGAUUGUGGAGGACACCUUGGGUGAGCCCCACCAUGGUCUUAUCGACGUGCAGAUGGAGCGAGUGUGGGGCGCUGUAUGUGCCGCAGGCUUUGGGGUCACCGAGGCCACGGUGGCUUGCAAGGAGCUGGGCUUUGCCGGCGGAGUGCCCUAUACUGCGCAUUUACCUGACAGGAAUAGGAAGCCCAUCCUGAUGUCGGACGUGAAGUGUCGCGGUGACGAGAAAUCUCUGUUCAACUGUCAGCACACAACGACCUCCACAACCUCCUGGUGCGACUACUACGCCCCUCGCGCCAGCGUCCUGUGCUACAACGACACCAACGGCAUCUCUUAUCGCCUGGUCGGAGACACUGACCCCAGUCGAGGACGAGUAGAGAUGCAGUAUGGCGGAGUGUGGGGCUCAGUCUGUGUACAGGAUGUCGUUUCUCGGGCAGGUGGACCAGCCUGCAGAAGUCUCGGAUACGGGGAGGUUUGGUCGUGUCCCCAUACAGGUCAGCCCUACUCUUCCUUUCUGUUUGAAGAUCCUUCCAGUAACUUGUUCUGGUUUUACCAACUGAAUUGCCAAGGUAAUGAGAGCUCCUUACCUUUGUGCACAUCCACUGGCUUCAACAAUAGUAUUCAAUACUACUACAAGAUAUCGUGUAGCAGCUACCGCACUUUACACGUCCAGUGUUUCUCUAAGGACACCGUUAUCACAAACCUACGUCUAGCUGGCAGCACCACUAACAGCUCGGGACGUGUGGAGGUUUUUCUCCAGGGACCUGACCAGUGGGGUACCGUCUGCGAUUCCUACUGGGAUGAUUUCGAUGCGACUGUCGUCUGUAACCAGCUCGGCUACGCUACUGGAAAAAGAGCCAAAAUCGGCGCGUUCGGUGAGGGUCAGGGCAGGAUCUGGCUGGACAAGGUGGGCUGCCUGGGGACGGAGACGCGGCUACAGGACUGUGCCUUCAUAGGCUUCGGUGACAGCUAUUUUUGUCGCCAUUCCAUCGAUGCGGGCGUCAUCUGCUCAGGGGUUUUUUGUCCUCCAACUAGUGUGACGUACACUGUGACCAGCAUUGUGACGUACACUACAGUCGACUGUGAGUCUCCAGAGACGUCAUCAGUCCACGACUCCACACAGUCACAGCUGACACCAACACACUCAGGCUCCUAUACAGCGGCUAUUGUCGUGCCCGUCUUUAUUGUCGCCAUCGUCAUAGCUAUCACCGUCGGCGCCAUUAUCUAUGGAAGGAAGGUAGAGCGGCUGGUCGCGGAAGGGGAGACAAGGCCUGGUUUAAUGUCAUUGGAGCAGGUGGCUUCAUCAGUCAAGUGCGCGACAAGCUCAAAAGGAAGAACGGUCGAGGGGAUGUAAACCGAGGUACUGACCUUUCUGAGAAUAUUGUUUACUAUGACCCUGGUUUGAGCGAUCCGCUUUACGACAUUAGUUUUACUCGAUAAAUUUGCAGAAGAUGAUGUGUAAUACCAGAAAGCGGGACAAAGAUACGAUUCGAUCCAGCGACGCCCUGUACGUGGAUGGGUGACAUCACAGAGGUUGGUUUCCGUCAACUCUUUACCAACGUUCGCAACGUCUUCCUGACUAAACGCCUACAUCGAAUAAAUGUUUGCUUAACGAGAUGAUGUCCUAUUUAAACAUUUUGCAGAGCAAAGAAACAUGGCAUCUUAAGAGGUUAAAGUCUUGAAUAAACCCUUUGAUGUACAAUGUUAAGAAGAAUAGGUUUCCCUUUAGAAUAUUUCUAUUUUACAGACUAGUUUUUACUUUGUAUUUGUUAGCGGUGUAAAUUUACUGGAAAAUGCUGUCCUCAAUCAGUUUGCUCCAAAAUUCUUCCAGCUUCGUGGAUACAUCUACGUGGGAAAGCUAAUCGUGAAGCUCACUGUUGUCCACUGCGAUGAAAGCCUUGUCUUUCUCUGUCUCUUGAUGUAUGUUAUUUGUGUGCAAGCAACAAACUGUUAAAGGACACCAUGAGUGCAACAUUUUUUAUGAUCAGGUUAAUUUCAUUGUAAAAUAGUAAUUCCCAAAAUUUGAGUGCAUAUUUUUUUUUGUGGCAACUCAUCAUGGUGAGCAAGAUCUCCAGACAACUGCUGCUCAAGGUGAGCAAUUCCUUUGGACGCCAGCCGAGAGUGCGGGAUGUUUGUUUUCUCUUCUUGCUGGCUCAGCAUGUAUUCUAUGUCCUGCAGUCGACCAUUUAAGUCCCAUACUGGCCGCUUCCUUCCCACUCCAGUCUUCUUGCUGAGCAGAGUGAAUCUUGUGCUUGCAAGGCUGACAUUGAGCAGAUGAUGUUACAGAAACCGGAUGGUCUGCUUUUGGUUUGACUGACUGUACAUCCGACAUGCUAGAAGCAGAGGAUCUUGCUGAGAAGACGGUGUUGGAAGAGAGGCUUCCUGUGUCGGAAAGCUCUGCGGACUCCAGUUUAGAUUUUGUAACCGGAAGCUCUUCGUCAUCGCCGGUGCUGUUCUCUUUUGCUGAUGGUUUGAGUAACCUUUUGACGACACGCAGAGGUGGUCUCCUUAAUCCUGUCUUUGCUGCCAAAUGCUUUCGCUUUCUCUCCAUUGUAGAGCUUAUAAAGUGUGAAGUUUUCUCAUUUGUGCCUCGUCAUACGGUGUUCAUCAUUCCUGGUUUUUUUUUCAAUGCAUAAUUUUACUUAAAUUUCAAGAUAUCGGCCUUCAACCAGAAUUCUCACCUGCCACUAGGAAAGCAGAGGAAAAUUACUUUCCUACACUGAAGAGUUCUGUUACGUUAAAGUAGUGUUUGUAACAACGAGUAUGGUGAAGUUCAGAAAAUCCAUGCAUGACAAAAAAAUUAACGUUGCUCUGGUUGUAUUUAUGAAGCGAUUUUUUGCUCAAAGUAUGAAACGCCUCAUUUUAGAAUACAGCCAUACAUAUUUCAACUUUUUGAAGAAGCUUGAACUCGUUUAAAAAAAAUUAAAAUGUCCAAAUCGAAUUCACUCGAGAGUGGUAAGUAAAUCUUCUCCAGACCAAAAUUCAAUAGACAUCAAUCCCGGUCAUUAAAGUCUACGUUGUAUUAUGAUUGAUUUUCUGUUACUAAUUGGGCGCAUUUGGGUUAAUUUUUCCAAGUGUAUUACUGUUAAGCACAUUUCAAAUGUGUUCUUGUCUAAGCUAAACUCCUGUAAUUUUUAUUUGAUGGUUUAUUUCCAGCAUUGCAUUUUUAAUUUAGUUACAACUGACUUCUGAAAAUGACUUUUUACAAUUAAGGAUAUAAUAUAACAUUUAGAAAAUGUAAUACAUAUUUAUUGAUCAAAUUUUAUUUGUUCCUCGUUUAGCUGCAUGAAAACUUUGCUAUUUACUUACUAAUGCUCGCACAUGUCCUUGUUUAAGCUCAUACGUUUGUCACGCUCAGUUUAUUUAUUUAUAUUUUGUUAGCUUUUUCGAUCGAGCACACACCUCAAUGGCGCCCUCACACUGUCAGUUUUAGCAUUGUGCUCGAGGAGACUACUGAUAUUUUCCUUGCUUUGUCGAGACAAUCAAGGGUAUCGAAGAGCACACAUAUAUUGACAGUUUUUCAUAUAUUCCCAAUAUAUGCAUAUUCCGAAUACAUAUUCACAUCAGGUUGAGUGGUUGCAGUUUUUUUUAAUUCUGUAGGUCAAGCACCGUGUUGACCCCCUUGCUUUCUUCUCUGUUUUGCUUCACGUCCAGCGCCACUCACCGCCUAGCCCUCUACUAAUACUAUCACUAGCAAAAUCGUAAGACUACUAUUUAACCAAUAAUACUAAAAUUUUUACUAAAAGACUAUUAUAUAUAUAUGUUAUUAUAAAAGAUGCUGGAAAUAAAACAAACGUUCCGGGCUACACAUGUUAAUAAAGUGUUGAUUUUCGAA